AUGGCGCGUGAGCACGCCGUCGAUCGCGAGCAGAAUAAUUUGCAAUGCGACUGCCGCUUGGACUGGAUAUACGAAGCGUAUAACACGACGGCGAGCCACUUUUUCCGGGAGAAUUUAGAGCAGUUGAAGUGCUACGUAGCUGUGGAAUACCUGGAAGAUCUCUUGCCCCACGUCGCCCUCGAAGACCCUGCUCAGGCCGCUGAUCCGAGAAGCGACCACACCGACAGAUAUGAUGACAUAUGGGUCUACCGCACGACGACUUUCUCUCUGGGAGCUCACGUGCGCUUGUUGGAUCUGGACAAGGCGAACCUGCCGUGUCCCACGACACACACAACGGGUUUCGAGACGGAGACCAUGGGGAAGUCGUCAACGAGUUCGCAAGGAGCGAAGGUGUCGAGCCCGGCGCCGGUUGCGGUGUCGCAGACCAACCACCCGAAACCGAAAUCGAACGCUGCCAAUUCCGCCGCCUGCCAAUUCUUCGCCAUAUGGCUCGCGAUGACGCUGGUCGCUGCAACCCGAGCACUUUGACGUGCGGAACUGGGACUAAGAACACCGGUGAUCUGCUGCUCUCAAAAGAAUCCCUGUUAUUAGCGUUGCGCGAAUGCUUGAUCCGGGCGGAGACGUGUGUGAGGACGGUGUGCUUUUGCGCGAAAUUGUGUCAACUGAAAGCUUCUUUUCUUCACAUAACGUACAUAGACGUAUAUAGCUGUAGAUCUAAGUUUUUUUUGUUGUCAAAUCACGGAUAUUAUUGCACGAUUUCAGGAAGAAUGCGAAUCUCGCGAAUUAAGGUCCUUUCCAAGCUGCAAACGCGUUAAUUGCUCAAACUUGUCGUCUUUUAUUCGUGUCUCCUUGAACUGACAAUAGCAUUUAUACGCGACCGGAAUUCUGCACGAAGGCAGGCAUGAUUUUUUGCUACUUGUUUUCUCAAGCUUUCCAUGAUGAGUUUGCAUUCCUGUGUUGAAAGCUUGGCGCUCUUUGAGUGAACUAUUCUAAUUUCUGUUCUAAGAAAAAUAAACUUGGCUUUUUUACUCAAACA